UUGUCAUGUGCACCGGUUGAUUUGAUAGAUUUGAAAAAGUGUGAUUCGUGGUGUGCUAAGUAAAAAACAGUGUGAUAAUCGUGUAGCAAUAAGCUGAGAACACUUUGAAAUCACAACUGAUAACGAUCGCUGCAAUUAAAUUGUGUAAAUAAAUAAAGAAAAUAUUGUAACUCAUUCAUUUUCAAAUUCACCGACACACAGCAAGUUGAAAUUUUGGGUGAAGUUGGGUCGAGAAAAUAAUUUCCAAAAAAGUGUGCCGAAAAUAGCGGAGCGUGAUAUAUAAAUCGUAUACAUAAGUAUAUUGAGAAUAUAUAGAAAGUAUAAAGCAACAACCAAGUAUAUAAUAUAAAUUUGUGAAAUUUCGCAACGUUGCUUCAAAAAAUUAGCCGAACCUUAAUUAACAGCCAGGAUCUACGGCAAAAGAAAAAAAAUUGUGAUAAAGCAAAAAAUUUGGCAUUGUGAAAUCGUAAAAGUGUUUGUAAAUACAAUUUUGAAUGUCUGAGUAAUGAAUUAGCAAAGUGUUUUGAUAAAAAUUAUAUAUCAGUGAUCGGAGGUGACGAAAGACUGUUUUGCAGUAAUCUACAAAUAUUUUAAUUCAUAGUUUUCGGUUGUUGUAGCAAUAUGGACCUGUUGUGCACUGAAAAUUUAAGGAAUGAUUAUGAUUGUGACGUAUCGUAUGUGCCAACGCAAAUGCGAGCACAUACUUAUACCGAAUCACAGCUACAGCCACACCUGCUACCGCAACCACCGCCACCAGCAACAGUAACCGAACAACCAACAAAGGAAUGUCUAUUAAAGGAGCCACAAACAAAAAUAAUGCCAGGAGCACCUUCACCUUAUUCCAGUUCCAGCUCGUCUUUGUUAUCACCGGGUUCAAGUUCACCAUCGUCCGGUUACAAUUCAGCUACAAGCAACAGCUCGCAUGCAAACCAACCGCAAAUGCUUCAUAAUCGUCAAUAUCAUCGGGAAGAAGAUACGCAAAAACACCAUCAAUAUGAACAACAGCAAGAGACAAAGCAACACGAAUAUUACGAUGCUGUAUAUCUGAAGUCGGUGCCUAGUCGUGAUUUAGGUUUCGUCAAUAACGCUACCGUGGAUCCGAUAUUUUUAACCGAUCGUUGCUUGGAGAAUGCCCUAAAAGCAGAAGAAAAGCUACCACAACCGGUUUGCACAUAUUUUAAGACAGUGCAAAAAGACAUCACACCGCCUAUGCGCAAAAUAGUUGCAGAAUGGAUGAUGGAGGUAUGCGCCGAAGAAAAGUCCCAAGAGGAGGUGGUGCUCUUAGCGCUCAACUAUAUGGAUCGCUUCCUAUCCACAAAAUCGGUAACAAAGACACAUCUGCAAAUAUUGGCGGCCGCCUGCCUGUUGCUGGCUUCGAAAUUGCGCGAGCCCAGUUGUCGGGCGUUAUCUGCCGAACUGUUGGUAUUCUACACCGACAACAGCAUAUACAAAGGCGAUUUAAUUAAAUGGGAACUGUACGUGCUCAGUCGACUCGGCUGGGAUUUGUCCUCCGUUACGCCUUUGGAUUUCCUUGAAUUGUUAUUAAUCCGCCUGCCUAUCAAGAGUAAAGAAUGUCCUGAUCUGAGUCUCGAUAAAGUCAGGCAGCAUGCGCAGGCCUUCAUAUGCUUAGCAGCCAAAGAACAUUAUUUCUUUAUGUAUUCGGCCAGUACCAUUGCAGCUGCGAGUAUCGCCGCCGCCCUUAGUGGUUUGAACUGGUAUUUACGCUCCGGCCCAGAGUUUCGUCAUCUAUUGGAUUUAUUAAUCGAUUUGACCAGCAUUGAACCGGGAUGCCUGCUCGAAUGCAUGCAGAAAAUGGAAAUCAUCUUCGAAGAGCACAGUCGGAACCUGCCGUCUUAUGUAAGCCCGGCGGAGCCGUAUCCUCAGCAGCAGCAGCAACUGUCAGCGGAGCAGUCACACCAGCAGCAGCAGCAACAACAACAUCAUCAGAAUCAACAAAAACAGCAACAACAUGUGCAUACAAUGUGAGCACAACUCGGCAAUAUUGUAAAUUUAAAUGAUUAUUUUUUGCUUAAAUUUUGCAAAAAGGAACGAGGACAUACGAAAUUAGAAGCGCAACUCGCAUUCGGUAUUCGGCGCGUAAUGCCACGCGUUUUCAGAAAGCAAAACUAACUGUGAAACUAAGCAAUUUGAAUGUUGAAACUAUAAUUUUUUUUUUGAAUUUCAAAAUAUCUCAGGAAUUUAUAUAUAUAUUUUUGGAACUCCGUAUACAAUUUAAAAGCACUACUUUCGCUGCAAAGUAAAUGCUCACAUAUGUACAUGCGUAAAUAUGUACGUUUACAGAAUUCCAAAUUUUGUUCGUAAAAUGUGUGCUGAAAAUAGAUUAGCUAGAAAUUUGUUAUUUAACUACCUACGAGUUGGUUUCGAGUGUUGCCUACCUUUAGGCGCAUUAGCAAGCGCUCGUCAACCAUUCGGGCGGACGGAGGUGCUUGUACCACUAAAAUACUAUUGUAAACACUAUUUGUUCACUAAGUAAUAAGAAAGCAGUCAGUUGUUGCAGUUUAUACACACACACACAUACAUACAUAUAUGUAUGUAUGUUUUUUUUUUAUUUUUUCUAUUUGCAGAAAAGAAUGAACAUGUAAAAUAUUACUUAUUUAUGCUAUUAUUAUUAUUAUAAUUAUACAUUAUAUGCAUAUACUGCCAACCUACCUAAAAAAAGCACACAACCACACCAACACACACACACAUAGAUACGCAUAAAGAAAAAUCAAACUCUUGUCAGUUUAUUUACCUACAUUUAUACUUAGUUUUAUAAGUAAGGAAGUAAGUAAGUAAGUUAACCAAAAUUUUCAUAUGGAUUUGAAUGAAUGAUAUAUUUAGCAUGUAAGCGGAAAUGUACUAAAUGAAUUAGUAUUGCGAAUGAACACAUACACACACAUACCACACCAACCGACACAAGCACACACACACACACAAUAGCGUUAAAAUACAUUGGUAUUUUUCAGCAGCAAAUGAAUUGAAAAUUUUGGGUUAUUUUUUUUUUUUGUUUUUGUUUUAAAAAAGACUUCAAGUACAAAUAAAUAGUUAUACACAAAUCGCUAUAGAACCAGUAGUUUCUCUUAACAACCACCAAUAGACAAGUUCUCGAGUCGCAUCAAGCAGUUUGGCUCGCGCAAAUUGUUGUUGCACAAACCGAAAUAGGCAAUAUUGAAAUGCAUAUGUGUUCAAAGCUGAAAUUUGGCAGAGAGUUUCAUCCACUAUAAGCAUUAGUAAGUAGUUUUACACAUAUUACCGUUAAAAUAUAUAUAUAUAUAUAUAGUAGCCAUAAGUCAGCUUAGCAAGUUAGUAGGUUAACGCUUUGUACUAAACUUUUUCACUUUUUAAAUUUUUUUGAAUUAUUUUGUAUAAGCCACUUGAAUUUGUAAAAAUAAACAAGGAAACGAAAAUAAUAGACUGAAUAAACACACACACAAAACUAAUAAUGGAGCAAUAUAAAUUUGUAAAUAGUUACAUGCACAUACAUACAUACACACACAGCAGAUGAAAAAAAACUGUAAAUUAUAAAUAUUUAUCCUUUAGAAAUGCGGGUACAUACAAGGCUUUAGUUAUACAUACAUACUACUUACAUAUAUACAUAACCUUAAACGUUAAGGCUAGAAGUUGGCGCACAUAAGUUUAACGGAAAUAUCUUUGUAUAUGUUCUAAACACUUUCUCCUUAAAAUAAUUGGUUUUUAUGUACUAUACUUUGGCUGGAGGCAGAAAAAAGUAUGCACUCAUUAUUUUUCAAAAAUUCCUUCAAGCUUAUAAUUUAGAAUAUUGAAGAGUUUCGAGUAAAAGUUGCCUAACUACAAGCGUCUAAUGCUCUGUAUUAGCACUAUGAUGUCAAAAUUUAGUCAUAUUUGGUGCCUGGCGUAGUUGUACUUUUCCUUUUGAAAUAUGGUAACUUUAUGCUCAAAAUCGUUUUAUAUUUUAGAAACUUGUUGGAGAGUUGCUUAAAGCUUAGUUUGACUGUAGAAAUAUAUCAAAAUCUAACUGUAUUUUAGAAAUAUGGCAAUUUUUUGUUCAAAAUUUAAAUCGAAUUUACAAAUAAGGCAAGCACUUGCUCAAAAUCGAAAUUGAGUUUAGCCAUAUGGCAACUCUUAACUCAAUAUAUCCAAUUAAAUUUAAGAGAUAUAGCAACUUUGUGCUCUAUAUCUAGCUGAGUUCUAAAAAUAUGGAAAUUUUUUUGCUAAAAAUAUAAUUCUGCUUUAGAAAUAUGACAACUUUUUGCUCAAAAUUUUAUUGGACUUAGAAAUAUGACAACCAUAUGCUCAAACUGUAGUUGUAUCUCAGAAAUUUUACAACUAUUCGCUCAAAAUUUACUUGGAAUUAGGAGUUAUGGCAACUAGUUGCUCAAAAUCUAUAUUAGACUAAAAAAAAUUACAGUUAUUUGCUCAAAAUCGAAUUGUAUUUUGGAAGUAUGGCAACUCUGUGCGCUAAAUUUAGAUAGAUAGUAAAAAUACUGUUACUAUUUGCUAACUAUGUAAUUCUACUUUAGAAAUAUGGCAACUCUUAGCGAAAAAAUUGAUCGAAAAUUAGAAAUAUGGCAACCCUUUGUGCACAAUCCGGUGAUUAUGGAAAAAUAAAUUUCAAAACCGUCUGAUAGUUAAUCAAAAAAACAUUUAUAACAGUUUUAAUGAAGGUCUUACUGCGAAAAUUAUCUGCAAUGAAUGUAGUCCCGAAUUGUGUCGUCACCUAAGAUGUACAACAACGUAUCAUCCAAAAAUUCGAAAUUAGGUUUUUUAUAGCUUACGAUAUGUAGCAUAAAAUUUUUAGUUUCCGCUGUCACAUAUAACCAAAAUAUAACCAAUUUUAUAACCAAUUUUAUAACCAUUUUAUAACCAAUAUAUAACCAUUUUAUCACCAAUAUACAACCAUUUUAUAGCCAAAACUCAAAUUUUAUUUCAAUAUGAGUGGUUUCUAUUAUAACGUUUUUCCUUCGCCUGUAAACUUAUGAAAAGUUAUGUUAUGUUACGUUGUUUUGCAUUUUAUGCGACGAUUUGUAUGUCCGUAUAACUUGAUUGUCCUUCUUCAGCCAAAGUAGUUACAUUUCUAAUUGUGCUAUGAAAAAUACUUCUGCAUAGCAUUACAACUAAGUACGUUUGUAUGUAUUUUAGUACAUAUACUCAUUUAUAAUAAUAAUUCAAAACCGAAAGACAACGCACAGGAAGUUUUUGUGCCUAACUAAUUCCCUUAUCGCCUUGUAAAUGAAGCCACCAAUCGCACACUUCUUGUGCGCCUAACUUCCAACUUAAUUUACGGCAUAAAUUUGUUGCAUUUUUUGCUAUACAAAUACAUUUACAUACAUACAUAUAUAGGUUUUUAUUUUUUUUUAACUUAGGCUAACGUAUGGAACUUAUCCUCGCUGGAAAACGAAAGAAAGCGUAAUGCAUUCUCAAUUAAUUGCGCCAAUUUUACAUAAUUCUUUUAUUUUUUCUUUUAUGGUUUUGCUUUUCAACCGAUAAAUCAAUUUUCUAUGUGACUUUUUGGCCGCAAUUAAAGGGUACAAUUGGUUUCUUGUCUUGCAAAGAUAUUGUGAUUGUGAUUUCACUUACUUACACACAUAUACAAGUACAUACAACUACAUACAUACAAUAAAUACAUGUAUACACGUAUGUAUAUAUGUAAAGCUUACGCGCUAUAUACAUACAUUUGUAAGUGUAGUGAGUCUUAAUAUACUUCGAUUUAGUAGGGUCAGUAGGUGCUAAAAGUCUAUAUACCCAAAGUACAUAAUAUACACGGUAGUAGAUAUGUAGCAGCGUAUAUGGAUUUAUGCACACUUACAUGCAGUGAAGGGGGAAAAUAUGCUUUUAGUUACGCUUUUUUACAUAAACAUUAAAUAAACAGUACGAAUAAAAAACAGCAACAAAACGAAAUCAUUAAACCAAUCAGACAUACCUGCACACAUACAGGCACACAUACACAAAAGUAUGCAAUUUGCAACUCACAAACAAUAAAUAGGUACAUAACAGCAGUGACCGGGUAUAAUUAUGCGUGCAUUCGCGAAAAAGCAUAAAUCCGUUAUAUAAGCGUAUAUAAAUGGUAGAUUGGUGCACAGUGGGCUUUGUAAGCAGUAAUUUGUAUUUUGUGGCUGAAAUGUGUUGUAGCAACUAGCAAGUGAGGACUUAAGCAAAAAUUAAGUAAAAUUUUGGAAAAUGUUUCAACUAAAAAACGCUAUAGCGCACAUCUAAAAUCGAAACCACUGUUGUAAAUAUAUUUAAGUUAAAAAAAAAAAUAUUCAAAAAUAGUUUAAAAUUAAUAUUUUAGUUAUUUGCGUGUAGUUUUUAGUACAUAACCUCAAACUACGUUAAUUUUUAUGUAAUUAAUGUAAUUAAGCAGUUGUAAUUGUACUCUUAAUUCUAAUUGUAAUGCAUUGUAAUUGUUUGUAGUAGUUGCAUUAGUCGUAUAUACCGUUGUAUAAGUAGCUGAUGUUGGUUUCUAACGUAAAAUUUGUAUUUUUCAAGUGACGAAGAAUUCCGAAACUUCUUUAAUUAUUUGUUAAUUCAUUAAAAUGCAUUUAUUCAUUGUUAAGCGGUAAUAUUUUAUUGUUAAAUCACAAAAAAAAAAUACAAAAACAAUUAUAUAAAGUUAAUAAUUGAAAAAGCAACUGUUGAAAAUUGUAAAAAAAAAUAAAAUAAAACUUUGAAAAAUAGUUUUACGGCAUACUUAUACAUACCUACAAGCACACUUAGCUUACUAAUAUUGUGUAAUGUCACGUAAGCGUUUCAAUUUUAUUGUUAAAUGAAACGCUUUGGCAACUGUUGAAUUUGAAAAAUGUAAAAAAAAAAUAUUUUGUUAUUUUUAGACACACACACACAAACCUUCGUCAUUUUAGCGACCCCGCCUUAAGCACUAGACUGUCAAAGUGUGCUCCUUUGACCUCUAGCUAGAGUGUAUAAACAGUUUUCCCCCUAUCCUCAGCCCCCAACCCUGUUAGGCGUCGUUAAGUACCAUAAUAAAGAAAUGUAAUUAAAAUUAACAUUGUAACUUAGCAUUAAACUGCGUUAAUUUAACAAUUAACCUAUUAGAUUUACUAUAUUUUAGGUUAUGCAAUGUAUAUAUUAAACAUUUAAUCGUUAUUUACUUUUAGUUUGUAAAUCACCAACUAAUUACCUUAAUAUAUACAUAUACAUACUAUGUACUAUGUAGUUUCGUGUGUAAUAUGCAUUUGUUGUUGUUAAAUUGACAGUUGGCUACUGUAGUACGAAAUAGUUGUUGUUAUUCCUGCAGCAAUUUCGUGGUAUGAUGUCGAGUUGAUAGUCCUUGGCCGGAUGAAAAUCCGUUCGGUUAUUUAGACCCGACUGUCGUGUCAUGAUCGUGAUUUUCGCAUGCGAAGACAAAAAUGUGAAAUGGAAAAAUAAUAUUUUGUUUUGCAUAUAAUUAACGAAAUUACGUUGCAUGAAAACUGUAAAGAAUACAGACAACAACAAAAGAAAAAUAUUUUAUGUUACUUAAAAGCAGGAAAAAUAAUAACAACAAUAAUAAUGUUGCUUACAAUCUGCAAAUGAAAGCAAAAAUAUUAACAACAACUCUCGCAUAUACAACAACUACAUACAUAUAUUGACAAGCGUUAAAUUAGUAUACGCGUAUGUUUGUAGUAGUCAUAACCGAUAUUUGUGUUUUGUCUCUAGAGUUAUGCGUACGUAUGUGACGUAAAGCAUAUGUAUGUAAUAUGAAUUAAUGUAUGUAUGUAUAUUGAAUAUGUGUAUUUGUAAUUAUUUUAAGUCAGACAUUUAUAACUGUCCUAUCUACUAUACUUAUGUAUGUAUAUGUUUAAUCUAACUAUCUAUAUAACUUUAACUCGUGUAUUUUUCGCAAUGUCGUUAUUAUCAACAUAUCUGCUACUUGACAUUAUAAAGAAAAAGAAAAGAUGAAGAAAAAAAAACAAGAAAAACAAAAAAAAAAAUUAAAACGCGCAAAAAGAAUUGUCUCUCCCGUGCAUUUGUGUGCAGCAUACAUAUACCGUUAUGGGUAAGUGUGCAAGUGAUGGAUAAAAAAAUAGUGCAUAAAAAGUGAAUAUUUCCAUUAACAGUUAAUAAAAAAAAAAACAA